AUGAGGCCUCAGUUCUUGCUUUGCGUAACCAGCCUCCUGGCCGGCACGGCUACUGCCAGCUUCGACGGCAACGUCAACUACGACAGCCCGUCUAGGCGCCAUGAGAGCCUGGGCAUUGACGUUGGCCUUGUCGAGCGUCGGUCAUGGAAGCGCGGCAACGUGGCCCAUGAGCCGUCGCAGUUGCACUUCACCCAUGGCAUUGCCUCUGGCGACCCGUGGCCCGAGAGUGUCAUCCUCUGGACCCGUGUUGCCCCUCGAAACGAGUCUGACAAGAGCGAGGCAACUGUCAAUGGAACGGCUCCUCUCUGGAGCCAUGAGACGGACAAGUAUAUCAAGGCUGAUGCUAACCCCAUCUGCGUCGAGUGGAAGGUGUUUCAAAGCAAGCGCGCGAAUAGCACCAGCCAGAAGGUUGUGGCUAGCGGCAAGGCAUACACGACCUCAGACAUUGAUUAUACCGUCAAGGUCGAGGCCAAGGGGCUCAAACCCUUGACCACGUACUUUUAUCAGUUUAACGUUUGCGCAUCUUCCAACAAGAGUCCCGUUGGCCGUACCAAGACUGCGCCUGCCAGGGACGAUGCUGUUUCCAAGUUGAGCUUUGCAGUGUUUUCUUGCAGCAACUUUCCUAAUGGCUAUUUCAACGCUUAUGGCAAUGCCGCAAGGAAGGAUAAGCACGACUAUGCCAUCCACCUUGGUGACUACCUUUAUGAGACUGGAAGGGGUGGUGAGCGUGCUACCAAACCCUCUGGAACCAUUUGGACUCUAGGGGACUAUAGGACUCGCCACGGGCUGUAUCGAAGCGAUGCCGAUUUGCAACUCUUGUCUAAGAACUCCCCCUGGAUCACUACGUGGGAUGACCACGAGUUUGCAGAUAAUGGCUACAGGGAUGGCUUCAGUGGUCUUAAUAACACUGAGGACUCAUUCCUCAAGUCUGGUACCAAAGUUACUGUCGAUACCCGCAAAGUACAUGCUGUUCGCGCCUAUUUCGAGUGGAUGCCAAUUCGUCAAACCGACGUCGACGACGGUCUGCGGGUUUGGCGAUCCUUCCAGAUGGGAAAGCUGAUGGAUCUCAUAAUCCUCGACACCCGAAACUAUGACCGGAGCAUCACCGACCUUUACUGGAACAAACACUACAUUAGCGAGAUUGCAGAUGACCCGAGCCGCUCGUUGAUGGGAGCACGUCAGGAAAACUGGUUUUACCGGUCUCUCAGUCAGUCCAAGGAGCGAGGUGCCACAUGGCGCAUUAUUGGUAACCAGAUUGUUUUCUCGCGCAUCCUGCAGAACGACAACCGGGGUCUAAAUGGCGACGCCUGGGACGGCUACAUUGCCAACCGCAAUAGGACCCUGCGACACAUGUACGACAACGAGAUUGACAACAACAUCUUCCUGGCGGGAGACUCUCACCAGAACUGGGCGUCUGAUCUCGCCUGGCUUGGAAACAAGCCGUACGACAAGGCCACCGGAAACGGAGCCAUUGGCGUAGAACUCGCCGGCACGGCCGUCAGCUCCAGUGGUCAAGAUGGACCUAUCGAGCCUAUUGCCGGUGACAGUGCUCGAAGCCUGGUGAAGCGCAACGAGGAGCUUGGGUGGCAGGAAGGCUAUUACCGUGGAUACUUUGAGUUGACGAUUACGCCUGACAAGGCGACUGCGCAGUACUACGGCUGCCCUACCGUCGCGACCAGAAACGGCUGGGAUAUUCCCCUGGCCAACUUUAGCAUUGUUGCGGGCGGGAAUCACCUGGAGCGUCCGAUUGCUGGUGGGAAGGUCGAGUCGGGGGCGCUGAGAGACGGCCAGGUCAAACAUAGCAACUUGACGCUGAAUACGAAUACCGGUAAGUGGGAGGUUAUUGGCUUUGAGAAGAUGUACUUGUAA